AUGGCGAAGACUUUCGACUUACAAAAUCUCGUAAAACAUAUUACAAAUGGUACAUUUGAACAAAAAUUUUGUAGGAUAUGUCUCCUUCCAAUAAAAGAUUUAUACGAAGAUAUAUUUACCACUGUCUGUAAAGAAAAUAGUCAAUUUUGUGUAGCAGAUGUCUUGGAACAGCUAUGCAAUAUACAGAUUUGUGAAACUGAUAACUACAGAGUGUGCUCUAAAUGUUUUAUUGCUGCUUCGGAAGCUUAUAAAUUCUAUUUAUUAGCUAUAAGAAGUGAAAAAAUUCUCAAUAAUUGCAUAAAUGAACUCCAAAAUCAAGUAGAUGUUUUAUAUUUACCACAAAAAUUAUCAGCAGAAAAUCUUUGUAUAACUUUGCCUGAACUGUCACCAUCUUAUGACGAUGAAUUGGAUCUAAAUAAAUUUCCUUUUCAAAGCAUUGGGACUAGUAGCAUACAAGUAAAUAAAAAUAAAAUGGUUGAAAUUGAUGUUCCUAAAAUAAAAGUGGAGAAUGAAGAGGAUAAUUUUGAGGAAAAUGUUAUUAUUAUAAUGGGUGACAAUGGAGAACCUACAUUUUAUAAACCACAUAAAGAUGGAACUUUGAUACCUCUUAGUGAUGAUCAAAAUUUAAAUGAAAUAUUACAACAAAUUCCUGAAGAGAGUGAGAAUAAGAAAAAAAGGAAAAGAAAAAGAAACCCAAUGGAGUAUAAAAUGUGUAGUCGAUGUCCCAUUCGAUACAGAUUUGUUAGAAAAUUGAAAGAACAUAUGAAAGAGGAACAUGGUGUGGAUCUGUUUGUGUGCAAGGUUUGCCAAGCAAUAGUUGAAGAUGAACAAGAGUUCAACAAUCACUUGCAGACACACUCUGGUAUACACACUUGUUCUAUAUGCAAUGCAGUAUUCAAAAAACGUGAGAAUAUCAUAGCUCAUUUCAAAUGGCAUGAACAAAUGAAGGAGUUAAAUAAGCUAGAAAGUGCACAUGUUUGUGAAAUAUGCGGCUUGAUACUGCAAAGUGAUGAACAUUUAAAGGAACACCAUGAUAAAAAACAUGUAAAUAAGUUUACCUGUUAUUAUUGUGGGAAAAUGUAUAAAGGGGAAUUGAGUUUUGAGCACCAUAUUAAGAAGCAUGAAAUGAAUAAAAAUGUUGGAAAUAAGUUAGAAAAAGUAAAACAGGAUACAAAGAGAAAACGGAAAUACACUUGCUCUACAUGUGGAAAGGAUUUUGUAGACGAGAGGGCCUUAUUGUGGCAUGAACGGCUCCACACAAAUGAGAGACCUUAUGUUUGUGAUGUGUGCGGGCGCGGGUUCGUGUCGCUGAACCGUCGCAACCAGCACGCGGUGUGCGCGCACACGGCGCCCGCGCGCCGCUGCCCGCUGUGCCCCGCGCUUUUCCACCUGCGCUCCAUGGUCAACACGCACGUCAGGAAGGUGCAUCUCAAAGCCCAUAAGCGUAGGAACCGUACGAGUAAACAUCAAAAUGUGUUUUGGAAAACUGAAACAGUCCCCAUACAAGAGUUGAGCGUGUCCAUACAGAAUGAGAUAUUAGAGUUGCAAGCUGCACAGAAGGAGGCUCAGGCGUCCAAAUGG